CCCACCUACAGGAAUUGUGGAAAGACAUGGCAGCUUCCGGUGUUUGUGGUGAGUGGAUUUCCGUACACUACAGUUCCUACUUUUAAGAAGUUACGAGGUCUCCUUAACAUUUUUGGUGCCGCGGUUCUGUCGGGUUCGGUAUGGAGGAGAGCGGCAGUGUGGAUAGUGUGGAGUCGCUGUGCAGCUCUACCACGACCCGGUCAGACCGUUCGAGUGUCACUGCGGCAGAACUGCGGGGUAAAGGACGGGCAACUGAAAAGGUCCACAAGGACCCAAAAAAAGAUGAGCUUCCCCUUCUGCCAGAGGAACGGAUUCAGGAUGCUGCUAAAGACGUGACGUACAUUUGUCCAUUCAGUGGAGCUCUCAGAGGAACUCUAACGGUCACCAAUUACAGAUUGUUUUUCAGGUGUACUGAGAGGGAGCCGGUGUUUGUGCUGGAUCUACCACUGGGAGUUUUAAGCAGAAUAGAAAAGAUUGGAGCUGCAACCAGCAGAGGAGACGUCUCAUUCGCCCUUGUUUGCAAGGAUAUGAGGAACCUACGUUUUGUGCACAAGGAGCCCGAAGACUCGCUCAAGAAGUCUGUCUUUGAAGUUCUUAUGAAAUUUGCGUUUCCAGUGUCAAACAACAUGUCUCUUUUCGCAUUUGAGUAUAAGCAGGCGUUCCCUGAAAAUGGAUGGAAGGUGUAUGAUCCACUGGCUGAAUAUAAGAGACAGGGUCUUCCGAACGAGAGCUGGAGAAUCUCUAAAGUGAAUGAUCACUAUGAGCUGUGUGAUACCUACCCAGCAGUGCUAGUUGUCCCGGUAACCAUCACUGAUGAGGAACUGCGGCGUGUCGCUAGCUUCAGGGCCAAAGGCCGCAUUCCUGUGCUCUCAUGGAUCCAUCCAGAGAGUCAGGCCGCUGUGGUUCGGUCUAGUCAGCCCAUGGUGGGACAGAACGGCCGGCGCUGCAAAGAGGACGAGAAGCUCCUGCAGGCAAUCAUGGAUGCAAAUGCACAAUCACACAAACUCUUCAUAUUUGAUGCCAGGCCCAGUGUGAAUGCUGUAGCUAACAAGAUGAAAGGAGGGGGGUAUGAGAGUGAAGAUGCUUAUCAGAACGCUGAACUGGUGUUUUUGGAAAUCCAUAACAUUCACGUAAUGCGUGAGUCGCUGCGGAAAGUGAAGGAGGUCGUCUAUCCUAACAUCGAGGAAUCUCAUUGGUUGUCAAACCUUGAGUCCACACAUUGGCUGGAACACAUCAAGUUGAUUUUGGCAGGAGCUUUAAGAAUAGCCGAUAAAGUGGAGUCUGGGAAAACCUCAGUGGUGGUUCACUGCAGCGAUGGCUGGGACAGAACGGCUCAGCUCACCUCGCUGGCCCUGAUAAUGCUAGACUCUCAUUACAGAACCAUUCGGGGUUUUCAGAUCCUGCUGGAGAAAGAGUGGCUCAGCUUUGGGCACCGUUUCCAACAAAGAGUGGGUCACGGUGAUAAAAAUCACACCGAUGCCGACCGCUCUCCGAUCUUCCUGCAGUUCAUUGACUGUGUUUGGCAGAUGAUCAGACAGUUUCCUGCAGCUUUCGAGUUUAAUGAGAAUUUUCUCAUUACAAUACUGGAUCACCUCUACAGCGGCCUUUUUGGGACAUUUCUGUGUAACAGUGAGCAGCAAAGACUCAAAGAGGAAGUGCCGAAGCGCACCGUAUCGCUGUGGUCGUUUGUGAACAGUCAGCUGGAGGAGUUUGUGAAUCCUCUGUACGUGCACUACUCGUCCCAUGUGCUUUUCCCCACUGUGGGUAUUCGACACCUGCAGCUCUGGGUCUCCUACUACAUUCGCUGGAACCCGCGUAUGCGGCCACAGGAGCCUGUCCAUCAGCGCUACAAGGAGCUGUUAGCCAAACGGGCUGAACUUCAGAAGAGGGUGGAAGAUUUACAGCGUGAGGCAGCCAAUCGCACAGCUUCUUCAUCCUCUGAGAGGGCCGGGUCUCCUACUCGCUCCAUCACGCCUGUGCAAACCUUUGUUUGAGUACCCCAGAACUUAAAGAAGCAUGUAGCUCUUCAUGUACUGUCCCAGUUCUCUUAGUUCUCGCCGUGAUAGACAGCUGAUGUAAAUCCACACACCAUAACAUUUACCUGCUGCUACCAGGUGGCUGGAUGAGAAAAGCUUUUAAUCACUAAAACUGAUACUGGUAUUAUAUUAAUACAUUUAUUAAGACUAGUGAGACAUGUUAGAAAAUAUUGUAUGUUGACUGUGGCAGAAGGGAAUGACGUGUUCUGGGACUGUGCAUCAUAUGACCAAAGAAAUGUGAUGUCACUGUAGUUCUGUCUACAUCAUUUCGAUGUGGAUGGAAUCAGAGGCAAGUCUUGUCAGCUUCAGGGUUUUACGUACAGACUUCUGUCCUUCUUGAAAUUCCAUAUUUUCUUAGACUUGUUCAUUUUAACAUUAUUAGUAAUUGUAUUAAAAGCGAUACAGACCUGUUACUUAAAUGUGCGCAUUUGCUUAUAGAUUAACAUUGACUACUGAAGUGUGCUGACACUAAUUGCCAAUCAUCAUCCUUUACACUUCAGGAGUUAACACCCAAUAAAACACGUGCAGUGUCUGCA